AGCUAGCCCCUAUCCCCUAGCCGCCAGUGACCAGUGUAAUUUCAGCACAAGUGGGAAGCUUGCGUUGUACGUUCCGCGUUUUUCUCCAACUGGUUCGUAACGAGGAAUCCGUUACCCGACUCUCUGUGAAAACCAUCGAGUCCACGCUGUGAUUGUCGAGUCUGCACCGCAAACAUGAGAUUCGUCCACGUAACCUGCGUUUUACUCGCUACGGCAAUCUGUUGCGACGCCGCUGCAAUACAAGGAGACGCUAAAUCUGCCAAUCAACAGGCAGUGGAUACAAUUAACAAGACCACUCUCGCUAAAAAUUCCUCGACUACUGUCGUCCCAGCCAAUGCUUCUGUUACUAUUGCCAAUGCAACCAAGAAUACCACUGACAAUGCUACAACCGUUGCUUCUGCCACCACCGUUGUUUCUACCAACGUCAAUGAUAACGUUACUGCUGCCAAUGAGCAAAGCACAUCGACAGCAUCACCCGCUACUUCUACAACCGCGGCAGCGACAGCAGCAUCUACAACUUUGUCAACGACAACCAAAAAACUGCCUAUACCUGAAAACUGCACAACCACGGGUACAACUACAACCACAACCACAACCACAACUAUAACCACACCUGCUACGAGCAAUGCAUCCGUUUCAUUAACGACUGCAGUUCCAGCGUCGACAAAUGUUGCUCCACCGUCUCCUUACAAGGAACGACACUUUGAUGGACUUAGCUUCUUAGGUGGCAUCAUUCUAGCUACGUGUUUGAUGGCAAUCGGCGUGCUCUCUUGGAAAUCUUAUAAAACGUACAACGAGCAACACUACCGCACCCUAUGAUACAGACGUUGCCAUCACGAAAAUUCCAUUUUCCAAUAAGUAAAUGCAGUUGUUGGAACUGAAAACUACUGAAAUUUUACCAUAAUAAUAUUACGUAUUUUUAUAACGCACUCAAGUGUCGCGUGGUUUAAGUGCUCUUAGUAAUGUGAUGUGCAAACGAGAAUUUCGUUUCCAGUUGUAUCCAGUUACAAAGACGGCCGGGUUACGCACGCGUUGUGUAGCUCUCCGUACGCUUUGUACGCUCGCACGCGCAUUGUAAUAGCGUAUGUACUCGGGGGAAAGAAACGGCGGACGCCAGUACAUACCACGUGCGAAAGAAGAGGAGAAAACCGCAGGGAACUUGAGGGCGUGAGAGCAAAAGAGAAAGCCCAGAGCAAAUGUAGCAGUAUAUUACCAUGCGCAUGCGUAACUUGCGUAUGCAAGUUGACGACCAAUCAAAUACACACAUUCCAUCGAAAAGAUCAAUUCUGCGGCAUAACGAGUUUUCGCGUAAUAUUAUUUCGCUCAAGUGAAAAUCAUUUCGAAAGGAGUACUCCCUCUUUUUUCUUUUCUUUUCUUUUCUUUUCUUUUCUUUUCUUUUCUUUUCUUUUCUUUUCUUUUUUUUUCUUUUUCCCUUUUUUAUUAUUAUUUUUCUUUCAUCGUAUUCAUUUGUCAACCGUUGUACGUAAACGCACAGUGGUCGAUUUAAAACGACGGUGUGUAUAAAAAGGAUGAUGUGUACACAGAUACAAAGGUUCCUACGUGUAUAUUCAUAAUAUAAAAAAAUUAUAUAUAUAUAUAUAUAUAUAUAUAUCUAAAGCGAUUGAAGUUGAAAAAGUUUAAGAAAAAGUUCGACUAAGAUUUGGAAGAUCCGCGCGAUACAAAUAACGAUAUGGUAUUGACGUACAGUGGUACGUCGUAUUUUCUAACGUUAUUCUCUUCGCUGUUGAUCUUGUCGCGGAGAUAAUGUUUGAUUAUUAAUCUCGGGUGCGGCGGAUACUUUACGCGUGCAGGCCGUUCGUACGCGUAAAUCGUGGAUGCCCCCGUACACGCCUUUAUCAAAUAAUAUCGUUGGCGAGGUAUCUCCGCGCGACUCAAACGAGAGAUGAAAGUUUUCAGUUUCGAUUUUCGUACCUGUUGAAAGACGGUAGUUGUAUUACAUUACGUUCGACUUGAUUUUCGACGCAUCACGAAAAAAAAGAAAAAAAAAAAAAAAAAGAGUGCAAUACGUUGAUUAAUGUUUUACACGAUGCAAUCGUAUUAUAUGCGUAUAAAUGUUCGUUUAUAUAUAUAUAUAUAUAGAUUCUCCUUUUUUUUUUCUUUUCAAUUUUUUAAAACACGUAACAUUUAGUUUUCGUUCACUUUACGUUUCUGUUUUUUUCUUCUUUUUUUUUCUCUUUUCUCCCAAAGCAAGUGUUUCAUUUUAAAAGAGGUAAUCAGAUUACCAAUGUGACGACAGAUGUACCGUAAUUGACGACACUGACUCCCAAAACUCCCUCCGUGGGCUCGAACAUGUUCUCGAUACGUUUUAUAUCGUCGGGUGAAAAGUUUAGGCGUUUACACACGGAACGAUGAUUUUCACGCAACAGCUCUCCUGGAAUAUACACACAUGUAUACGUUGCGGACGCAAAGCCGAAAUUUAAACAAAGACGCUUUUAAGAGAACAGGUACGCGGUACGUGAACAAAUUAACUAAUUUUUGAAACGUACUAAUUAAAGUCGGGUAUGCUCGACUUUGCUAUUACACAAGAAAAGAUGUCUAAAUAUAUAUAUAUAUAUGUACGUGUAUACACCCGCGCGCAUACAUGUAUACGAUACGCACGUAUGCAUGCAUGCGUGUACGUGUAUAUAUUUAAAAAAAGAAAAAAUGAAAAAAAAAAAAAAAAAACAACUACAGCCUAAAUAAUAUAUUGUAUUUACGUUUCAUGUAAUAUUUUAACAAGCUAUGUAAAAUACUUGCUUAUAUGAAUUAUACGAUAUUAAUACUA